GUCACGUUCGGUUGGUUGUAGAAAAGUUCGCGUUUGAUUUUCAACCGAAAAUUACAAAAAAAAAAGAAGUAAAUUACAAGCAAGUUGCAAUUAAUUCAAAUCAAUUGCAAUUGCAACUGCAGCUGCGUAACAGUAAACCAAACACAGUUGGAUAAGUGUUAUAUCGAUCAAGAAAGUAGAUCAACGAAUUUAUUUUUUUUUUGCAAGUGAAGUUUUGAGUGUGAAGUAAGCCAAGCAAUUAAGCAAAGAUUGCUAAUCAACCAAAGAUACACAAGACCAAAGAUGCGCCCUUUCGGCAAUGAUAUUACAAACAUCGCCAACAACAACAGUGGCGAUGGUAAUAAUGGUAAUGGUAAUGGCGAAGAUCGCGCCAAUGGCAAUCGCAAUCCCAGUGCUGGCAACGUCGUCGACUCAGAUGGCUCCAGUCAGGAGACAGAUGCACAAACAGAUCCACGCCUGCCGCCACAUAUUGCAAAGAUCGGUGGCAUUGCCACCUUCUCGCCCACAGCUGGACGCGGCGUCAUACGUGUGGUGCAACGGUGCGAGGAUGCCAAGGAGAACAGCAUGCUGGACCUAUCACAAUGCGAACUGAUGCAGAUACCAGAUGCAGUUUAUCAUUUGAUGCGGAACACAGAGCUGCAGACAUGCAACUUGAGUGGCAAUGUGCUCAAGAAAGUGACACCCAAAUUCGCACUCAAGUUCAGUGUUAUUACAGAUCUCAAUCUCUCGCACAAUCAAUUGUCGAGGCUGCCAGAUGAAUUUGCCAAUCUGAAUGCAUUAACCGCAUUAAAUAUCUCAAGUAAUUCAUUUAUUGUAUUACCUCAAGUUGUCUUUAAGCUGCCCAAGCUAGCCACAUUGGAUGCUAAAAAUAAUGCUAUACUAGAGAUCGAUACGGAAGAGGCUGUAACCAGUGACUGCCUGUCAUUGGUGGAUCUGCGUAAUAAUCCCUUGAGCAGAAAUUGUCGUCGCAAGCUGAAAAAUUUCGAGACCAGCUUCCGGUUAGAGAUUUCAGAUGAAGUCGAGGAGGAUUGGUAGGGUGCAGCAGUUGGGCAGCAACCAUUUAUCUCUGGAGAGGGAGCGCUCGCUAGCGCUCUCUCAUUUAUUUAAUUUAUUGUGUUUAUAAAUUUAUAUUCGUACAUGUACAAUUUAUAUAUAAAAACCAUAAUUUUUUUUGCAUUGAUCUAAAUGCGCCACUUACUAAAUGACUUCUUAUGUUAGUUUAUAAAUUAAUGCCAAAGUCAAAGUAAUGUGAACUUUUCAUGUGACUAGUGCAGCAUUAGUUUGAAUUGUUUGCAUUGUUGAAAA